CUAUUCCGAUUUUACCCUCCGCAGCCCAAUGCAUUAGCCUCUCCAGACUGGCUAGCAUCCUCGCCCCCCUAUAUAUAAUCCCAAAUUCUCCCUGUCCUCCACAAAUCUAAGGUUCGUUUGCCCAGUUAGGAACUGACGCUCGUCUUCUGGGGCGGUUGGUGGUUUUUUUGGGUCAGGCUCGUGUAGUUGGCCUAAUACUCCCUGGGGUUUUAUAGUUGUUAGCUUGGUUUCUCGUUAAGUUGGUGCUGUUUCUUGGUUGUAUUUGGGCUGUGCCCUUCUUUUCCCUUUCGUUUAAUGAAAGUGCGUUUCGAGUCCCCAAAAAAAAAACAAGGUCUCAUCUUUCUCCUUCCCUUCAUCCCGACAUUAUUCAUCCCUUGAAGCAACUAUGUCGUCGUCUUCUCCAAUUGCUCCCUCUACUUACCACAACUUGGCCGAAACGCUACUCAAACAACUCCGAUAUGAUCCGCUUGCCCUCUACCCCGAAAUGAACCAUGACCUCGUAGCGGGUAACCCUGUUGCCCGUGCACCCGAACCUUUGGCCGCAGCCUUCGGACCCAAGUCAAAAACCGGUGACCCGGUGGACCGUAGUGCCAAAACCACCAGAUACUACAUGGUCCUCCUGACCGCCGGAGACAAAGCUCUUAGCCCAGAAAGCAUCCUAGUGAUGGACGUCACCGACCCGAUUCCGAAGGGCUGUAUGGUCAAAGCUCGCGCCUUUUGCUCCGGUGUCGCCUUCAACUUCAACUUCAAUUUCUCGGCGGCGGACAAGUUCGACUUCAUGAAACUUUGCGUGAUAUCGGGUGAUGAUGGAGACCGCACGAUGAUUGAUCUGGAUUGGGUCAGUAACUCCGAAAUGCCCGACCCGAACAUCAUACACAGCCUGGCGAGUUCGGGGCGAUGAAGGCACUGGUGUCGUCCGCGAAGGAGAUCAACCUCGCCGAAUUUGUGGGUCUUGUGGGUGACUACGUGGCCACCAAAUUCGGCGAGGAGAAGAAAACCGAGUACCUGAAGAUGUUGACUUCCAGUGGACUCGGAAGUUUGGACUCGGUGGAGAUAUGGCACAUGUUGACUCUACAAGACCGAGUUAUGGAGGCAGUGAUGGAAAGCGUCCGAGUCGGGCUGUUUAUGAAAAUGCCCAUAACCAUUGACAUGCCAAUGCCAUCCACCGCCUCCAUGACCCAUCCAACUCCCCGGGCAUUGGGGUGGAAGGUGGGUUGCUCUUCAGCUAAAGGGUUGAAGCACAGGCCUUGCAUUCCAGACCUCAACCAAGUUGCAGUGGACCUACUGGAGGAGGAGGAGGAGGAGGAGGAGACUGAUAAAAGUAGUGUUGUUGGUGAGGUGGAGGGAUGCAAUGCCAAGAAAAGGAAGGCGGAGAAGGCUGCUGGAGAGGAAGCGCAGGCUGAGGUGCCCAAAACAGCUGACUGAUGCCACCUUGAUGAGUUUGAUGGUUUAAUUUUGCAGUUGCUCACUAGCAGUAAAUAAGCUGAGCAGCUUAGUGUUAUAUGUUUGGAUAUUUUAUAAAGAAUAGCUGAGCAGAUUUUCGGUGUG